GCCGCUCCGGGCAGCGGCGGCUGUGGAGCCCUGGCGAGGCCGGGGCGGCCCCGUCCCGCAGAGCGCUCCGCCGCCGCAGCCCCGCCGCCGCCGCUGGAGUCACCGCCGUCCCGAGGAGGAGGACGAGAUCCCGGGGGGACGCUGAAAGAAAAACAGCUCUGUGGAUGCCCUGUGGGGAGAUGCAUCUGUGACAUGGAGUAUGUGAUUGGUCAUCUACAAUCUGAGGCAACAGUGUGUGGUCUAUAUUGACAGAAGAAUUAAUUGUGGAGACGGUCCAGCUGAAUGGCCACAUCAUGAUAAGGAACUGGUUUAAAAAUGUUAGUGUCUCAUGCCAGUAAUUCAAGUUUGGGAAAGCCUAGCAGCCCAACAGUAAAAACAAUUAAUUUUUUGUAAACGUCAGUGCAAAAAGAAUAAGCAGUCAAUAUAUAUUUUACCAUGUGUUCUCUGAUUCUUUAGCACUGAAUCCUUCAUUACACUGAAAUCAUGGUAUGAGGAUUGGUGGGGAAGGUCCCCCCCCAUCCCCAGCACACAUCCAGAAACUAGAGACUGUGUCAAGAUGACCUCUGAGGAGAUGACAGCGUCUGUUCUCCUCUCUGUGGUACAGGGUAAAGUGAUAGCUGCCCAGUCAGCUGGAGAUGAAAAUACUGAAAAUGCUUUGGACACCAGUGUUAUAAGACAUACAGCCAGUUCGGGAAGGCAAACCGCACACAAUCUGUCUUACUUACACAGACUUGAAGAAGAAAGUCUUCAGGGCUCAGUGCCCAAAAUAUUCCCUCUGGCCAAAGAACAGCUGGCUAACGACAAGAGUAAUGAAAACUUCUGGGAGAGGAACAGCUCCAUCUCUGAUUCAGUGGAAUUUCUUAACAUUAACUGUAACAUUGUACAGAAAAACUACAAGAGCAAGAUCUCCUGCAGCCAGUUGUAUCAGUCUUGUGCUCCUUUAGCAGGGGAGGAGGCGUGCCUGGAAACUGGAAUUCCCGUUUCGCUGGAAAGAGCCAUGCUUGCUGAAAUUCAGUUGAAAAUGAAUGGACCUUCAUUAAGAAGCCAGACAGCAGUAAAUAAGAAUGACAGCAGUGAUCCUGAUAAAGUGGCCUUUUUUCACUUACAUUGUGCUAGUGACAGGAGUAUAUCAAAGGCUUUGUGUGGUUUACACAAGAGCUUCCUUUUGGAUGACUGCUUGCAGCCCAUGAGUGAUGGUGAUGGUAACACCACUGGCUCCCCAGCCUGUACUUGCAGCAUAAUGCAGUUGACAAGUAAUUGUGAGAAUAAAAAUGGACAGCAGUUGUAUGAAGAUGCUUUAAGGGAUAAGUACUUGUGUCUGGAAAGAGCACCACGAAAGGUUAAAGUGACGUGCUCAGGUCACAACUUCUGUGGAAAUAACUUUACUGGAAGAAUGCCCUCAAAGCCCUUUCUGAGCCAUUUUGAGGACUGCAAUGAUAACUGUGAAGAAGAGCUGGAAGAGGAUUUUUUUAGAAACAAAAAGGAACGUUCUACACUAUUAAUAAGACGUUUUUGUAAAAAUGAUAAAGAGGUUAAAAAAUCAGUUUAUACUGGAACAAGAGCAAUUUUUAGGACUUUACCAUCAGGGCAUAUAGGAAUUGUUGCUUGGAAUUAUGUUGAGCAAAGGAGGAACAACAGUGGCAUGAAGCUUUCUAGGAUUACAACAGAACAGCUAACUAUAAUUCAGUCCCUAAUAAAAUGGAAAUUUAAUUCCUGUCCUGAGAAGUCUUUAUGGUAUGAGAUCUUCAGUACAGUGAGAGAAGAAGAGGAAGGAGCAGAAGAUAUUUUUGAAUACAUUCCUUAUCUUCUGAGGGAGCUCCCAACAUCUGUUACAGACUGUAUAUACAAAGGAGAUGGUUUUUGUGUAAAACCAUGUGUAACAGGUGCUUACUGUCGUUAUCGUGCCACUUUACAGAGGACUGCACUCUCUAACUAUAUAACUGGUGCUUUACUAGAAGCAACUACGUCAUUAGGAGCAAGAAGUGGUCUUUUAAAUAUCUUCGGAGGAUCAACUGGAAGAACAAUGCUUAAAGAACGCCAAGCGUGUGCAUCCAUGGCUGGCUCCAGCGCCCUUCCCUCCAGCGUGGCCGGUAUCAGCAAGGAGCUGAUGGAACUGCAGCACCUCAUCCAGUUCCCAGAGGAGGUUGCCAGCAUCCUGACCGAGCAGGAGCAGGAGCUCUACCGCAAAGUCUUGCCCAUCGACUACCUCUGCUUUCUCACCAGGGACUUGGGCAGUGCUGAGUGCCAGAGCAAGCUGCCGUCUAUUAAGGCAUCCAUAUCUGCUACUAUUCUUUCUUCUCCCAAUGGUGAACAUAAUGCUGUAGAAGAUCUUGUGACAAGGUUUAAUGAGGUGAGCUCCUGGGUUACCUGGCUGAUCCUCACUGCAGGUUCUAUGGAGGAGAAACGAGAAGUCUUCUCCUACUUAGUACAUGUGGCAAAAUGCUGCUGGAAUAUGGGCAACUACAAUGCUGUAAUGGAAUUCCUGGCAGGGCUAAGGUCAAGAAAAGUUUUAAAAAUGUGGCAAUUUAUGGACCAGUCUGAUAUUGAAACCAUGCGAAGUCUGAAGGAUGCUAUGGCACAGCAUGAGUCAUCAUCCGAGUACAGGAAAGUGGUCAACCGGGCGCUCAAUAUUCCAGGCUGCAAAGUUGUUCCUUUCUGUGGUGUAUUUCUAAAAGAGCUCUGUGAAGUUUUGGAUGGAGCAUCAAGCCUCAUCAGACUCUGUCCACGAUAUAACUCCCAGGAUGAGACAUUAGAGUUUGUUUCAGAUUACAGUGGACAAGAUAAUUUCUUACAACGAGUAGGCCAAGAUGGUUUAAAUAAUCCAGAAAAAGAAUCAACAACAAACAAUAUCUUUCAAACAAUUCGGAGCUGCAAUCGCAGUCUGGAGUCUGAAGAGGGUGAGGAUAAUGUCAGUGAAGGGAGCGACUCAAGGAAAAACUCCUUGAAGGACAAAAACCGCUACCAGGCAGCCCAUGUAAAGAAAGCCCCUGGUCCAGCCCAGGCUCUAUUUUUCAUCGGAGAUCUUUCAGAUUCUGAAAGUGACAUAUUCGAGCAGUUGAAAGAAUGGGACACAAGUUCAACAGAAGAGCAGCAAAAGGCUUUUUGCCAUGGGAUAGAGCUCAUUCCCUGGUACGUGUUGUCCAUCAGGGCUGAUGUCCAUCAGUUCAUGCAGCAAGGGGCAACCGUCAUUCAUUACGACCAGGAGACACAUCUCUCAGCUCGCUGCUUUCUUCAGCUCCAGCCUGACAAUAGCACUUUGACUUGGACAAAACCCACUACAGUUUGCCCUGCAAAUGCUAAGGCAAAACUGAGUGUGCUGGGCAAUACUGCUGAGCUUGGUAAAUACCAGUUUCUUGGUAAUACUGGACUGGUGGAAGGUUUUUUGGACUUGUUUUCAGCCAAGGCUGUUUAUAUGGGACACUCGGGCAUUGAUAUGCACACUGUGUGUGUUCAAAAUAAGCUUUGCAAUAUGUCCCUUGAAGAAAAUGGUAUAACACUACUUUAUGGACUUCAGACUACUGAUAAUAAGUUGCUGCACUUUGUUGCUCCAAAAUACACUGCCAGAAUGCUGUAUGAUGGAUUGCUGGAAUUGACUAAAGCUGUAAGAAAAAUGAGGAGAUUCCCUGACCAAAGACUACAGUGGCUACGGAAACAGUAUGUCAGCCUUUACCAGGAGGAUGGAAGGUUUGAAGGCCCAACCUUGGCUCAGGCUGUUGAGCUGUUUGGAGGCAGACGAUGGAGUGCAAGAAGCACAGGCACAGGAUCUCUCACCAAAAGCACUGAGAAGCCCAAUGUGCAGAGAAACAACACUCUGGGAAUCAGCACAGCUAAGAAAAAGAAGAAAGUACUCAUCAGGGGUGAAAGUGGAGAGGCCACUGAUGAUGAAAUGGCAACUCGGAAGGUAAAAAGCUGUAAGGAAUAUCGUAAUAGAAGUGGUUCAGAUCCUCAAGAUAUUGAUGAACAAGAAGAACCAGAUCAAAAUACUGUUAUUAAUUCUUCUCCAUCUAACAACCUGCCAUCAAGAAGAGCUCACUCUCUGACAGCAUCUGGAUCUCCCAACUUAGGAGCUACAUCAUCUUCACCAGCAAGACCAGUCUCCUCUCCUGUAAUAUCAUCAAGCAAAAGUCAGUCUAGCACAUGGAGCAGCAGUAGCUGGCAUGGCCGUGUCAAAGGAGGAAUGAAGGGAUUUCAGAACUUCAUGGUGUCUGAUAGUAGCAUGACCUUUGUGGAAUUUGUAGAGCUCUUCAAAUCUUUCAGUGUCCGGAGCCGCAAGGAUCUGAAAGACCUUUUUGAUGUUUACGCUGUGCCUUGCAAUCGAUCUGGCUUAGAGCCUGCUCCACUUUAUACUAAUUUGAAGAUUGAUGAAAAUAGCAGUGGAUUCCAACCUGAUCUAGAUUUAUUGACUAGAAAUGUUUCAGACCUUGGUUUGUUCAUUAAGAGCAGGCAGCAGCUAUCAGACAACCAGAGGCAAAUAUCUGAUGCUAUUGCUGCUGCCAGCAUUGUAACCAAUGGUACUGGAGUUGAAAGCACAUCACUGGGAGUAUUUGGAGUAGGAAUCCAGCAGCUGAACGACUUCCUAGUGAAUUGCCAAGGAGAACACUGCACCUAUGAUGAAAUCCUCAGUAUUAUCCAGAAAUUUGAACCUAGUGUAAACAUGUGCCAGCAGGGGCUGCUAUCUUUUGAAGGAUUUGCAAGAUUUUUGAUGGAUAAAGACAAUUUUGCCUCCAAAAAUGAUGAAUCACAGGAGAAUGCUGAGGACUUGCACUUUCCUCUCUCAUAUUACUACAUAGAAUCCUCACACAAUACUUACCUUACUGGCCAUCAGCUUAAAGGGGAGUCCUCAGUGGAGCUCUACAGCCAGGUUCUUUUACAAGGCUGCAGAAGUGUAGAAUUGGACUGCUGGGAUGGUGAUGAUGGGAUGCCUAUUAUUUAUCAUGGGCACACUCUUACUACAAAGAUAUCUUUUAAGGAGGUGGUGGAAGCCAUCGACCGCAACGCGUUCAUCACCUCGGACAUGCCGGUCAUCAUCUCCAUAGAGAACCACUGCUCGCUGCCCCAGCAGCGCAAGAUGGCCGAGAUCUUCAAGAAUGUAUUUGGAGAUAAGUUGGUGACGAAGUUUUUGUUUGAGAGUGACUUUUCUGAUGAUCCCAUGCUGCCUUCCCCUGGCCAGCUGAGAAGAAAAAUCCUGCUUAAAAACAAGAAGCUGAAAGCCCAUCAAACACCAGUGGAUAUAUUGAAACAAAAGGCUCACCAGCUGGCACAUUUGCAAGCACAGGCUAGCAACGGUGCUAGCAACCCCACACCUACCAAUGAAGAGGAAGAAGAUGAAGAGGAUGAAUAUGACUAUGACUAUGAAUCUCUCUCUGAUGCUGAUGUCCUUAAUGCUUCUCCUGCUCCUAACAGCCAGGAAGAUAAUAUUCUUGAAGAUCGACCUGAGAAUAAAUUAUCAAGUGAUAAACUGCAGUUUGAAUAUAAUGAAGAGACUGCAAAACGACUAAAGAAGGCUGAUUGUGCUACUUACAAUAAUAAAGGAAAGGUUUACGACAUGGAGCUGGGUGAAGAAUUCUAUCUUCCACAGAAUAAGAAGGAAAGCAGACAAAUAGCUCCAGAGCUAUCAGAUCUUGUCAUUUACUGUCAAGCUGUAAAGUUCCCGGGCUUGUCAACUCUAAACCCAUCUGGCUCUAACAGAGGAAAAGAAAGAAAAAGCAGGAAGUCCAUUUUUGGCAACAAUCCUGGCAGGCUGAGCCCUGGGGAGUCAGCUGCUCUUGCCAAAGCAUCUGGAAAAGGUCCUUUUGAUGCGAUGCGCCAGACCUGGGAAGAUCCUUGCUCUCCUUACAGCUCUCCAGCCUCCCUCAGUGCCAUCAUAAGGACUCCCAAGUGCUACCACAUCUCGUCGCUGAACGAGAACGCUGCCAAGCGCCUCUGCAGGCGCUAUUCCCAGAAGCUGAUCCAGCACACCACCUGCCAGCUCCUGAGGACCUACCCCGCUGCCACGCGCAUCGACUCCUCCAAUCCCCACCCGCUGAUCUUCUGGCUCCACGGGGUGCAGCUCGUGGCUCUGAACUACCAAACAGACGAUCUUCCACUGCAACUCAACGCAGCAAUGUUUGAGGCCAACGGUGGCUGUGGAUAUGUCCUGAAACCCCCAGUUCUGUGGGAUAAAAACUGCUCAAUGUACCAGCAUUUUUGUCCAUUGGAAAGAGACCUUGAUAAUAAGGAGCCAGCUAUAUAUUCUUUAACAAUCGUGUCUGGCCAGAACGUUUGCCCCAGCAACAGCACGGGCAGCCCCUGCAUCGAGAUCGACGUGCUGGGGAUGCCCCUGGACAGCUGCCACUUCCGCACGAAGCCCAUCCACCGCAACACGCUCAACCCCAUGUGGAACGAGCAGUUCCUUUUCCGCGUCCACUUCGAAGAUCUGGUCUUCCUGCGCUUUGCGGUUGUUGAAAAUAACUGCUCAGCUGUAACAGCCCAGAGGAUCAUUCCCCUGAAAGCACUGAAGAGAGGCUACAGGCAUGUCCAGCUCCAUAACCUACACAAUGAAACAUUAGAAAUUUCCAGUUUGUUCAUAAACAGUCGGAGAAUGGAAGAAAGUCCCUCUGGAAACACUCUGCCUGCAUCUAUGUUGUUUAGCGUGGGAGAAAGGAAAGCUGCCAUGACUUACAAAGUGACAGUUCAUGGAAUUCCAGGCCCAGAGCCUUUCACCGUUUUCAGUGUAAGUGCGGGGACCACGGCUGCACAGCUGCUCCAUCAGCUCUUGGCUACCAUAAAAGGCACCGAGUCAUGCGCUGCAGACUAUUUUCUGAUGGAAGAGAAGAGUUUUAUAUCAAAAGAAAAGAGUGAAUGCAGAAAGCCACCAUUCCAGAGAGUGAUUGGUCCUGAAGAAGGGCUAGUGCAGCUUUUAAACAGUUGGUUCCCAGAAGAAGGAUAUGUUGGAAGAAUUAUCUUUAAAACUCGAGAGGAAAAUUUAAAUGAGAGAAAUGUCUUUCAAGAAGCAAAGGAAGAAGCAGCCAUCAGCUCUGAGGAUGACAGCUUCUUUGUUCAGGUACACGAUGUCUCCCCAGAGCAACCACGCACCGUGAUCAAAGCUCCGCGCCUCAGCACGGCUCAGGAUGUCAUACAGCAGACUCUCUGCAAAGCCAAAUACUCCUACAGCAUUUUGAGCAAUCCAAACCCAAGUGAUUAUGUGCUCUUGGAAGAGGUGACUAAAGAGCCAGCAAACAAAAAGUCUUCAACAUCUAAACCAUCUCAGAGGAUUCUCUCUGAUCAAGAGUGUGUGUUUCAGGCCCAAAGCAAGUGGAAGGGAGCAGGAAAAUUUAUCCUUAAGCUCAAAGAACAGGUUCAGGCAGCACGAGAUGACAAGAGGAAAGGCAUCUCCUUCACCAGUGAGCUGAAGAAGCUGACCAAGUCAAGUAAGCAGUACCGGGGCGUGGUGUCGCCCGCGCUGUCGGACAGUCCCCAGGGCAGGGAGGACAGAGCCGCCUGCGCCCUGGCCUUCAGUGACAUCAUGGAAUAGUGCCAGCUCCUGCCACGGCAGGCCCUGCUCAGGUAUGAGACAGCCAGCCCAGCUUUCAGUGCAGCAUCCUCAGAGGAUUCCUGCUUCCAAGCUGUAGCUGAGCAAACCAAGUGAGGUACAAGGACUGACAGAAGGAUCCAUAAAAGCCUCCUCAUGCACUGGUGUGCACAGGCACCAUGACAUCAGGAAGGUCUCCGAGUGAACCAGAAUGGUGGAGUUUCACCCACUUUCUCUGUCCAUUUAACCCAAAAUGUUGCAUCCCAGUUGAUUUUGCAGUACUCAUUUUUAUCAACAAUUGUGCUUAAAUGUUCUGUUGCUCUCUUGCUCUGGGCCACAGCAAAUGGAAGUGAGCAGUAGAGCUUUUAUUGUUUUUUGUUAUGUCCAGAUAAUAAAAUCAUCAGGAUUGGUGAUCUCUUUUUUAGCUAGCACAAGUUUAUAGUGUUAAUUUCUGUCUCUGGAAAUGUUGCCAGAAAUGUUUAAACAUUUACACUAUCCUUUCUGUAUCUCUUCAGUUUCUUCCAUCUUGCUUGACUUCAAACAACUGAAAUACACAACAAAGACUGUCCCAUUUAUAUGGAGAUAGUAAGUGCCACUUGCCCAGCACUGUACACUAACCAGACACUUGCACAGUGCUACUGCAGCACUGUGACAGCAGCUGGGAAGUUGCAGCUCUCUGCAAAUGAAGAAGAAACCUUUUUCAGUGUUGAUAAUCCCACCUCACAGAUGGCAAAUUUAAGAUGACUUUUUUUUUUCUGUAUACAUCUAAUUAUUAAAGCAUUAUUUGACAUGCACUGUAAUGCUGCUGCUAAGUCACUAAAUUAAGAGAAUUCAAUCACUUCUGUGAUUUCAUUUGUUGUUCGUCUUGUUUUCAUUUGCAAGGUAUUUCAAAUAGGAAGGGAUUAAUUUCAUAGUUUAUUUCUAGGCUGCUAUAAUGUAUUAAAACAAUCUGAAUUCAAGGAAAGCAAAGUAAAUUUUGGGAAAAUCAGAGCCACUUUCUCUCUUCUGCAUUUGGUUGGGUUUUUGUUUUGCUGGGGUUUUGUUUUGUUGUGUUUUCUUGGGUUUUUUCCUUUUUUUUUUUUUUUCUGAAACCCCAAUGUGGAAUUUACAUGACUGAAUCCUUCUGCAGUGCCUUUGAAGGAUCCAGCUGUGGACUGAACUGGUUGGAACUGUGUGCCCUGUGCUACAGAUGCUUAAUCCAGGCAAUGCUGCUGGAUUGACAUGCAGACUCUGGGAAUCCUAAAUGGGAUUCUGUAGAUGGGAAAGAUGCCUGUCAGCUCUUGGAAGAUUCCUCUCUUCCUGUUUCUUCACAUCUGCAGAUUCUCCAUAGGCAGAUGGAGAAGUUUUCUUGGACUGUAUGUUGUAAACAAACACGUGUCAUCACCCUCCCCUUUUUAAACAAAAGAUAAUUUUAGCUUGUUGCCUCUAAGGAAUCAGAAGGCAGAGAACCAGAGUGGUUUUUUAUGUGUAUUAUAUUAAAAUAACGCACUUUUACCUGAUGAUUACUGUUAAACACUGUGUUAAGUGAUUGUAAAGAGAUUUAAAUAUACUGUAACUUCCUUUGCAUAUCUGUUUAACUUUGGUGAAUAUACACGAAACACUCAAAAUUAUUUAUGGUUUAGCUACAUUAACAAAAUAGUGUACAAUAGCUGAGUACUUCUUACUGGUAGUGAGAUCUUGGCAAGGAACAACAUUUUCUUCUUAUAAAUUUUAGUUUUCCAGGCUUGUGUUUAAAGAAAGAAUAUUUAUUACCAUGUUUCAAAGUACAUGCCAUUGUAUAGUAUAUUUAUCAUAUACUACUUUUUAGAAAAUGCAGAUUUUUUUAUCUUUCUCUGGAUUUAGAGGAAAAAAGUAUUAGAACUUUUCUGGUUCUUUCUUUUCAGCACAAGAUGUUUAGUACCCAGUACUGACCAAAUUCAAAACAAUGCAUUGAUAAGUGUAAUUAACAUUUCAAAAUUUCGAAUUCAAACCACAUUUUUCCAUAUAGUCAGGAACUGUCUUUUUACUUGUCUGUCAAACCCAGACAGUAUAAAGAACUUUACACUCUAACUCUUGACAAUUCUGUUUACAUAGAAACGCUGUUGUGAAGUUCUACAUGUGCUGAAUUCAUCUUUUGUUAUCAAAGUUAGUUAUGGUAGUCUCUUUUUUUUUUCCUCCAUGGGAGUUACUGAUAUGUUUAGUUGUUUAAAAUAAUCCAUUACCGGGGCACAAAUUAAACAACUGCUGCCAUCAGCCAUCCCUUUGAUCUCCCACAAGAAAUGUGUCUGUGGGGAACAAACUGCUCUGCAUGUGUUUUUGUUUCACUAGAGGAAAGAAGUUACAGGCAGUAGUCUCAUGACAGCUAAUGCCCCCCCUCCCCCCAUCCUGAAUAAGAAAAUGAAAUAAAAGAAAAUAAAAGUUAUUAACUGGCAUAUAAACAAGCAGACAGACCCUGCAUUCUGUCACCAGAAACUCUGAAGUCUUUCACUAUACACUACAGAAAAUGCUUAUGAAGUAGCCACUUACCAAAGCAAAAAAGUGCCCUCUUGAGGUCACUUCCAGCUUUCAGAAAAAAUAACCACAGACAUACAAAAAAGUCCGAUUUCUCAGUGGCAUGUCCUCACAGAGGCCAUGCACUUCCCACUGCUCAUCUUUCACAAAAGUUAAGUUUUGAACUUAUGUACCAAAUCAGCAUUUUACAAAUCAGCAACAUAACCCCCAACCAGCUCAGCCUGUCACUCCUUACCAGGUCCAACAGUAGCAGCCCCUGUGAGGGACACGUGCUCCUCUCCAUCCUGCCCAAGGAAAAGACUGAGCCUGAGCAAAAUGUUAAGAAGUGACAACUUACAUAUAGUUCUAUAUGCAUAGUUUGCUUUGGAAUACUUUGGAAUUACUGGGAAAUACAUCAACCUGCUGCACAGUUCAACUAAUGCAAAUUUUUUAAAAUGUUACCUUCAUUCUCUCUGUUAUUUUAACACAAUUUUAUGUCACUGAGAAAUUUUUGCUUUUGGUGUUUUUGUGGCAUUCUAAAAACAACGCUUAAUGUCCUGUAGUGUGCCCCUACCUGUUUAGCUUUUUCUUUUUGUUGGUGUGUUUUUUUGGGUUUUUUAGCAGCUCUGAAAAUUCUUAAUAUUGCCUGUAGUAAGUAUCACAGUAGGCUGGCAGAUACCUUGCUAAUUAGCUGGAUUCAACACAGAAAGUUCUUAUAUCCUUGUUGUCAUCCACUAGUGCUUUUCUGUCACAUAGAUAUAAAAGCAAAAAAUAAUCAUGGGGAAGCAAAGGGGACAUCCGUAGUCAUGUCAUAUUGUGCCUAACACUAGCCUGAAGUCUUGUGGGCAUUUAAAAUCAGCAGUUUUGCACUAUUUCUGCUAACAGAAUUUUUCUAGCUGUGGUAAUAGCUUAUUAAUGUAAGUAUCUUCAUCAUCAAUCACAGUCAAAACCUCCUCUGUCCGCUGUUUCUUACCGUGAAAAAGAACAGCAAAAUAUUUGACUUUUUAUUUAGAAACCCUAAUUUUGUAGGCCUGUAGACAUCUGGAAUUGUGUAAGGCUAAUGAACCUGUUCCAGUCUUUUCAUUAAAGUACGUGCAUCACUUAAUUUAAAGUUUAGGUAUUGGUAAAUAUCCAGGUAAACUUUUCUUGGUGAAACAUGAUACACUUUGGUGUGAAUUAGGGAAAGAAUUGCAGUGCCCUUCCUCUUGCUGGUUCAAAGCAGUGGAAAUUCAAAACCACUUGAAACAUUAAAGAGCAAGGGGGAGUUGUUAACUUUUGUGAAAGCCCAGUUAAAGAGUUUUCAUGUCCUAAGUUGUUAUGCUAAUAGGAAUGUUUAUUCUGUUUAGCCACAGCUUUUAUUUCUGCAGGAAUCUGUCACACAUUCCUAUGACAAAACUGACAAAAUAACUUUGUCCUUUUCCAUGCUUCUGGCUGAGUAUGGACAUCAAUUAGGAAAAUACAUUUAUUUUUACAUUACAAACUAUUUACAGGAAGCAGCUUCCAGGAUAAAGUUUGAAAGAAAGGAAUGUAAAUAAUCAACAUCUUCCAGAAACAUGCAGUCUCUGAGCAGUAGCAGGCCUUGCACUGCACACUUUUCAGGUGGAAAUCUGCUUCUCCUGCUCCACUGCCUAUUGGACAGAAAACACAAAAGUCUUUUAUUCUGUACUAUUUUAAAACUGCUCCUUUUCUAUCAAUUUCUUACCCUUUCCUGUGCAGCACAUGGUGCCUGCAGUGUGUGCCUGUAAGGGCCAGAAGCGGGGCAGUGCCAGCUCCUGUGUGCCUGCAGAGCUCUCUGCUUGUGGGAACUGGGGCACUGCAGGAGCUGCUUCCUCCACCGCCCAAAGGCUUCCUGCUUCUGUCUUACCGACCCCACCAGGAGCAGUCAGAACACUAAAAAAUACUAUCUCAGUUUUUGGUUUUUUAAGCCUAGUGACACUUUUUUCCUUGCUUACAAAUAUUACUAGGUGAGGUGUCUGAAUAGCUGCUUUUAGGAAGGUGUCUGCUUCUAGACCUCAAGGCUUUUGAGAAUUAAACACUGCAACACAGAAGCAUCCAAAUAUUUCAAGAACACUUUCUCUUGCAUUCAUAGUUUAUUUUCAAAAAGAGAAAAUUUUGCUACUAGCUUUACAGGCUAAGUCUGCAGCUUCUGAAACUCACCUGUCUGUUCUGCUCCUCAAAUGCUUGAAUUAACAUCUGUUUUUUAAUCACUGUCUGUUACUAUUCCACUAUAAAACUCAGUUUACUUUUAGGGUAGCCCACUAAAUGUACCAAUGGUGGCAAUUUUUCCCUGUCUGUGAUAAAAAUUUUGUAACUUCAAUAGUGAUAGACAUUUGGCAGAGUUAGCAAAUUAAACUAAAUAGCAGUAAAUAGAUUUUGCUCCAAUAGAUGUAUAAGCUCUUUCAGAAUGACUUGUACGGUUGUCUUCCUCUGCCUCUUCAACCAUAUCAAAAUACUCUGACAAUGCAACAUCACCAUGUGCCAGUCUUUAUGUUUGGAAACUAUGUAAAAUGAACAAUUUUAAAAGUGACUUUUCCACCUGGACUGUUUUCUCUCUGCUGACUUGAAUAAACCAUAUUUGUAUAUGUUGUAAAAAAAAUAAAUGGUUUAAGAUGUUGAAUCUUUGUUUUUGCCUUCCUGAACUGACAAAGGUACUGACAAAUGGCCCCCUUGGAAUUUUGCAGAAUUUAAAUCACAUCUGUAUUUGGAAACACUUAACAACUAAACUAAACUACUGAAAAUUAAUGGGAAUGACAGCCUAAGCAGACAGAAAUAACCACCAGUAUGAGGCAUGCAGGUUUGUAGUCCACACAGUAAAUAUAAUAUAAUACAUAGGUAUUUUAUAUGUAUAAUAUAAUACAUAGGUAUUUUCUAAUCCCUUAAUACACAGAUGUCUGUUCUAAAAUGUUUGUAAAUUUAUGUUUAAUUACUUGAAAAUCGGUGAACUAGUGUGAUCAAUACUGAAAACUUCUUAGAAGAAAAAUAAAUUAAUUGUAAAACCAUCUAAGAGCCAUAAAUCAGGAUACAGAACUAAAUACCCUAGAGAAAAUAAGAUAUUUUCUGACUUAAAGGAAAGCUUUGCAAAACUUA